GCCGUUCAAAGUCGCCGCGAUUGUUGUCCUUGCUCAAGUUACACCCGUUGGCGAGGAAUCCGCAAUUAGAAAUGGCUCCCACCGGUCAGGCUCCGAACAUCUUCGACGACGCCACACGCUCGCCUGCAAAGACAUCGGUGUUUCGCUCCUUUAUCUCUUCGAGGGCCCACAAGCGAAACUCCAGCGCGGAUGAUGCCCUGCCUUCCCCCAUCCCUCUGCAACAGGAGAGACGUACCGAAACGAUGCCUUCCCAUGGCAGUCAGGGUCAGGUGCCGCUGGGUGAGAGAGAGCCCAACCGGGACGCCGCAGAGAGCAUUUCCUCCGGCCAGAAGUCGCCCUCUAAAAGCAUGAAGGGGUUGCACAAGAAGACAAAAAGUGCGGUCUCGCUGAAAUCUCUGAGGAGCUACAUGGAGCGUAAGGAGCCGAAGACGAGUGACGCCGUGGAAGACGACGAUUGGAGACCGAAGAAAGCAAAGUCCUCCAACAGCCUGUCCGCCAUCCUGAAGCGGUCGCAGCGCGACCGGAAAGCCGACUCGGCCAAAGACAUGCGAGACAAGGAGAAUCGAAGCCCGGUGGACCUGUGCGAGAACAUGCCUCCUACACCAAGUAUCCCCUCGCCGACUUGGGGCAAUUACCCAGAGCCUUCCUUGCAGGUGCCGCCCUCGCGUGGAUUGGUGCAAGACAAACGGCGGAGCGUCAACGAGGAAAUGGAGCUCUACACCCCCAAAGGCUACAAUCCCUCCGUCCAGCGAAACUUUUACGAUUAUAAUCAGCCUUCCCUGACCAAGCGCUUGGGCAGCAAGCCACGUCCUAAGUCAGACUGUCUGACCGGUAACCGAAAGGUCCAGGAGAUGGUAGGGCCAUUCCAACAACGAUCUCCAUCCGACAAGGGGCCUUAUACCGACACCACACCAAAUGUCCCUUCUCGCAUGGUCGACGGUGUUCGGAAACUCUCCGCUGCGGAGUCUUGUUCUGACAGUGACAAAAAGCAAGACCCUGCCGCGAUGCAUAAUGCGGUGAAAAAGCAGGAUGCAUGCAAGAAGCAAGAUGCAGGCAAAAAAAAAUCCUCGCGUGUGCAGGCUGCCAUCUCUGCAUUCAACGCCAAAGACCAAGAACCGACUGGGCCCAAGGCUACAGGAGCCCCGGAUAUUGAAAGCGAGUUCGAGAAACUGCUGGAUGCCCGCAAUAUCCCCCAGAACAUGAGAGACAAGAUGAGAUCCCUUGACACUCACAUCAAGGCAGAUUUCAUCCAGAAAGACCGUGCAGAGAAUGGCACUCCCCAGAGCGCCGGGCCCGGCUCAAAUGAUAGUACGGGUCGUCGCGGGCGCCGGAAAGACCAAAAGGAAGAGCAGGAGAGUAAAGGUUCUCAAUCGCGAUCGAGAAGUCGAGGAUUUACCUUCUCCUCCAAGGGAAGCUCAUCUCCGUCAAAGAAGCAGCGCCCGGAAAACGGCACCUUUUAUCGCCGACCAAAGUCGGUCGAUCUUUCACAGCCCUCGGGUGGUUUCAAGAUUGCUACGCCUACGGCCUCGGUCACGUCUUUGGCUCUCACAGCCUGCCACGACACGGCCGCCGACCCGUCCGAUUUUGUGCACUAUCUCAGAGAAAUCCAAAAGCCGGAGAUGGUAGAAGUAGGAAAGAUCCAUAAACUGCGUUUGCUCCUGCGCAAUGAGACUGUCAGUUGGGUCGAUACUUUCAUCGCGGAUGGUGGUAUGGACGAAAUCGUCCAACUUCUCUAUCGAAUCAUGAAAGUAGAGUGGAGAGAGGAACACGAAGACAACCUACUCCACGAAACAUUGCUUUGCCUCAAGGGACUAUGCACUACAUCCGUCGCAUUGAAGCGGCUAACAACUAUCGAGUCCGAAUUGUUCCCGGCGUUACUGAAGAUGCUAUUCGACGAAGAAAAGAAAGGUCCAAGCGAGUUCACCACCAGAACCAUCAUCAUGAACCUCCUUUUCACGCAGCUCUCGAUGGCGCCAACAAGUGCCAUUGCAGCUGAGCGCGCCAUCCGGAUUCUUUCAUAUCUGCGAGACCCCGCGCCAUCCGAAGAGAACCAGCCCCCGGCGUUCAUUGCGAAUAUCUACCAGUGUCGCCCUUAUCGUGUAUGGUGUAAGGAAGUCACCAACGUGACCAAGGAAGUAUUUUGGAUCUUCCUCCACCAUCUCAACGUGAUCCCGAUCGUCAAAGAUGAGGGCCGGUCUGCGGAAAGAACGAGCUACCAGCAGCGUCACUUCCCUGCAAUCCGACCCCCGGUUCCUGCUGCACCAUAUGUAGGAGGAGUCGAAUGGGAUGCAACCAACUAUCUGGCAUCUCAUCUGGACCUCAUGAACGGUCUCCUUGCCUCCCUACCUGGAAUGAAUGAGCGCAACCAACUCCGCACCGAGCUUCGGGCAUCCGGGUUUGAGAAGGUCAUGGGGGGCAGCUUGAGAACUUGCAAGGAAAAGUUUUACUCUGCCAUUCAUGACUGUCUUCGAACAUGGAUUGCUGCUGCUAUCGAGGAUGGAUGGCCUUAUACCAUGGUUCGCGAAGGACCACCUCGCCCGGGCGAGCCUGGAUCACCCACCAAAUCUCCUCUCAAAGCGGUUGGUGUCAGCCCUAAGAAAGGGCUUAUCGAUGAAAGACCUCCGAAGCUGGAACUGGCGCUGGACCUGCCCGUCAACAACCAGAGUUCUCACACGGAGGAGAAUUUCGGCAAUUGGCUAUGACGGAGCAGUUCUACAUUCUAACGAAUUUCCUUUUCGAUUCUUCUUCACCCCCCCCUUUUCUUACCCCAUCAAACAUAUUUAUUUUCCGCUUCCUUAUUGAUUAUUGAAGUUGACUCAUGAGUGGCGUUUCGGAAUCAGUGUU